ACUGUUUUGCAGCCAAAAUUGUGAGGCACUAUGUGCGAUGACGAUGAAACCACUGCCCUUGUAUGUGACAACGGUUCUGGGCUUUGCAAAGCUGGGUUUGCAGGAGAUGAUGCUCCAAGAGCUGUAUUUCCAUCCAUCGUCGGACGUCCUCGACAUCAGGGUGUUAUGGUUGGAAUGGGUCAAAAAGACAGCUAUGUAGGGGAUGAAGCACAAAGUAAAAGAGGGAUCCUGACGCUGAAGUAUCCCAUUGAGCAUGGAAUCAUCACUAACUGGGAUGACAUGGAAAAGAUUUGGCAUCAUUCUUUCUACAACGAACUCCGGGUUGCGCCGGAGGAACACCCCGUCCUGCUGACCGAGGCCCCCUUGAAUCCGAAGGCCAACCGUGAAAAAAUGACUCAGAUUAUGUUUGAGACAUUCAAUGUACCAGCCAUGUACGUAGCAAUUCAGGCAGUGCUGUCUCUAUAUGCAUCUGGAAGAACGACUGGAAUAGUUUUGGAUUCUGGGGACGGUGUCACACACAACGUGCCUAUCUAUGAGGGCUACGCCUUGCCUCAUGCAAUCAUGAGACUCGAUCUGGCAGGCAGAGACCUGACUGACUAUCUCAUGAAAAUUCUUACAGAGAGAGGCUACUCUUUUGUCACCACUGCGGAACGGGAGAUUGUGAGAGACAUCAAGGAGAAGCUUUGUUAUGUGGCUUUGGAUUUUGAAAACGAAAUGGCAACUGCUGCUUCCUCCUCCUCUCUUGAAAAGAGCUAUGAGCUUCCUGAUGGACAGGUCAUCACCAUUGGAAACGAACGGUUCCGAUGCCCAGAAACUCUCUUCCAGCCAUCCUUCAUAGGGAUGGAAUCUGCAGGUAUCCAUGAAACCACUUACAACAGUAUUAUGAAAUGCGAUAUCGACAUCCGUAAGGAUCUCUAUGCUAAUAACGUCCUCUCUGGAGGAACCACGAUGUAUCCUGGGAUUGGCGAUCGUAUGCAGAAAGAGAUUACAGCUUUGGCUCCAAGUACUAUGAAGAUUAAGAUGAUUGCACCACCAGAACGCAAAUACUCUGUCUGGAUUGGGGGUUCAAUACUGGCAUCUCUGUCCACUUUUCAGCAAAUGUGGAUCAGUAAAGACGAAUAUGAGGAAGCUGGCCCCUCUAUUGUACAUCGCAAGUGCUUUUGAGUACUUCCAUCACAUGCUGUCAGUGAUAAAUAGUGCUGUUUCUCUACACAUCACCUGCCCUCAUUCACUUCUGAGGGUGGCUUGGCUUUCUUCCACAUGUUAAAAAACCACACUGUAUGGAU